CACCGCGGAGAGGUCAGCGGCGUGGGCUGGUCUCGACUUCUAACCCGCAAGUUCCUGGCUGGAGGUCGGCUGCGAGAAGAAAACCCCCAGAAAUUAAACGAAGAGGUUUGAAGACACAGCCGACUGAAGAUCGUAUCAGGAAACCACAGUCUUCAGGUAUAUUCUUGAUAGCAUGUGCAACUGAAAACUGCGUUACCUAUGGCUCUGCAAGUAACCACUGCAAUUCAUCUCCUGGCUCUGCUGGCCAUAUGUGAUGUUGUCAACGGCGACCGCAUCAACUUUUACAACAUCAGACCACCAGUUGAUGCUACACCAUUCCCUAACAGCUUUAAGUGCUUCACCUGUGAGCGAGCACAUGACAACUACAAUUGCAACCGCUGGGCAGAGGACAAGUGGUGCCCACAAAACACUCGGUUCUGUAUGACCAUCCACCAUUUCACCAGUCAUGGCAAGACCAAGUUUGUAACUAAAAGAUGUGCUGCUCAGAAAGACUGCCACAUGGUAGGCUGUCGACACCAUAGGGACACCAGUCACACUGAAUGUGUCUCUUGCUGUGAGGGUAUGAUCUGUAAUAUCGAGGUCCCCACCAAUCACACCAAUGCAGUGUUUGCAAUGACACAAACAACAUCCAGUUCAGCGCCAUACAGUGGCAGGACAGAUGUCUGGCUGACUGUUGUAACUUUAGGGCUGAACAGAUUGUUUCUGCUGUGACUCUGCUGCACCAAAGAAAAGUUGCUGUAAAAUCUUCAUAAGUUGUCUUGGUGCAACUGACCCAAACUGAAUAGAGCCACGCUGGCAUGGCUAUCUAUUUAUAAUCAUGCCUAAAAUUGUGAUGGCUUAGACGGUUGGCCAUCUGAAAAGAUGAGGCCCAGCGCUUCGAUGUUAUGGGUGCCCUAUGGUCUGAAAAUAUCAAAGGACGACAAAUCACCUGUGCUGUAACAUGGAAGAACUUAAUGCCUCGGUGCUGCUGGAGUAAAGUAAAGUAAAGUAACAAGCUUUAUGGCAGUCUCUAAGGAAGUGCUUCGUCCAGUGUACAACAGGAAAGGACCUUUGCUGUCUCAUUGCUGCUGUUUGGCCAUUCUUGCCAGCAAGACAUUUUUUAGAUGUUUCAGGAAACCAAGGAUGUGGCCAAAAUUCUGCUGAGGGCCAACUGAUCCUCGAUUGACCCGGCCAUAGAUAUUGAAUGAGUAGAGCAGGCAUUCCCAUUCAAAUCAACAUAGCAGGAUGGUCAGAGCAGCAGCCAUUUUUAUUUGAACCACUGCCACUGCAAACUGUUAUAGCAGGCUAACUUCUGUAUAAACUUCCGUAUAAACUGCCUGGCGGUAGGUGACGGGCUCUUUUUUUUUUUUUUUUUUUUAAGUCACGGACUCACUGAUUGCAGCAAGUCACGGAUGCUUAGUCGCGGGCUUAUUAAGGUGAGGUUUUUCAGUAACGACCAAAUGAGCAGUGGAGUAGUACGAACAUUUAUGGCCCCACUGACAUGUUUUCACUAUAACAACUAACAACAAUUGCCAUUUUCUUUUGAACUACUCAAAUGACCAUGGCAAACAGUUCAAUGGUUAUUUACUCUCAUUCAGUUUCUAUGGGCCUGGCUUUCUAUUCCUACAAUCAAAGAACACAACCAAGCUGUUUUGGUUAUUAUUUAGUCUGUUGAGUGCACGUGAAAUGCUAAUGGACUGUUCCCAAAUCCUGGAAUGACCCUAAACCAUGGAAUACUGAGCUGGGCUCAUCGGAUGAUAGAUCUGUUCAAGCUUUUAAGCAUCCCAAAAAACAUUUGGGAUUGGUAUCAUCUGGGCAAUGUGAAUAAUGUGUCUUGAGAUUACACACACUGAUAACCAACCUGGUAUCACGCCAAAGCGUGUAUUACACCCGCUGGUCCAGCAUUUCAGUGUCACAGUUUG